UAUAAAGUAAUACAGGUUGGUUUUGGCAUUAAUGGUACCUACUGUUAUCAAAUGACUAAUAACUGUUUAUCUUAUCUGCAUCGAAGAGAGACGCAAGCUACCAAGCACAUUCAGUAUAACACGCCCUGUGACGAGGUGAUAUACACAUUCGGAGUGAUACACCUCGGCUGAGUCACUAGAGUCCCAAACGAGCCCCAGGACAUCGGAGAAAGGGGGGAGAAAGCCCGAAGGGAGAGGAAACAUGGGGUCCGGACGUGGGAAAGGUGCCAUGGAGGAACACGUCGAGGUUCUGCAAUAUGUCAUCUACAUCUUCAACACCAUAUUCUUCUGCGGUGCUGCUGGUAUCUUUGCCGUCGGUAUGUGGAUCUACUUCGACAAAGACACUGGUGACUACAUGGAAGGCCUGCCCAUGGGUUUCUACUACAAUGCCACAGCCAUCUUGAUGACCUCAGCUUGUCUUGUCAUGUUGACCAGCUUCAUUGGCUGCUGCGGUGCCUUCUUCAGGUUCAGACUCGUUUUGAUCAUUUACAAAGUGAUGACUGUAAUCACUUUCCUUCUGCUCCUCGGUGGAUCAGCCUACAUCCUGGACAACGGGACGGAAAAAUCCCGCCUCUUCCCCUUUGUUCAGGAGGAAUUCAGGAACCUGAUUAACAAGUACCAAUGGGACGUCGCCACAAGGAGGGUUGUCGAUAUCAUCCAGGAACAGGUUGGUUGCUGCGGAGGCUAUUCAUCGGCUGACUAUGCUGACAUUCAUUUGCCUGUUCCAGACACCUGUAGGGACCAGAUCACAGGAAACCAGUACAUCGACUCAUGCGCCGAGAUCUUCUCGCAGUACAUGGAGGUUCGAACAGGCUGGAUCACAGGACUUUCCCUCUGCUUGUGUUUCCUGCAACUGUUCUCUGUGAUGUUCGCGUUCUGCAUGUGGCAGGGUGUCCGUGAGGUCAAGAAGAGUGGUUGAACAAAAUGAAAAUUCGGAAAUAUUCUCCAAGAAGCGUCAUCUUUGAUGAAGAUUGGUUACUCUCUAUACCUUGUAACAAGGAAGGAUAUAAUUGGUAUUUGCUCUUUGGUACGAAGAAUCAUUAUCUAAAGCUCAUAACAAAGUAGAAUUUCGUUGGCAUUUUUUAUUUAGCAAGGGUAGCCUAAACUCUAUCGUGAAAGACUAACUUUAUUUAGGAGGUAACAAAGCAGAUACUAAUGGGAUGUAAGGAAAACUUAUAUCAAUAUUUUUCCCAUCUUAAUUGCAGACUUCGUACUAAGCAGUAUUUUCAAUAAUUGCAGCAAUUUCUAAGGAGAAAUUAAACAAAAUGUCUUGCAAGUUAAUGUUAGUGUUUUUGUGCUAUCCAUGUACUAUCGCGACCGAAAAUUACGCAGAAAACUCUGUAAAAACUUUAUCGAUAUCAUAUGUUUUUCAAAUCUUAAUGAUACGUAGAAAUGUUCCUCAUUUAUACAUCACAGUGUAUCAUUACUCGUAAUACACUGAACGUUUUGCUUUGAAACCAAAUUUUGCAUCUUUUUGAAUAAGAGAUAUAAUUAUAUAAUUUGACCAACUUCCUUACACAACUUCAGAAUCAGCUGAGAUUUCAGUAUAAGUCAACUGCUAUUGCAAAAUCAUUUGCAAAAGUAAAUCCUGAGUGCUGUCAUUUGUAACAUGUAAAGUACAUGAAUUUCCCAAUUUCUUCACUUUCUCUCCAUAUAUAAUUCAAAUCACUCGACCUUUUCAUCAGAGAGGAUUACGUCAGUAUUUGUAUGAGGGAAAAGUACCAGUCUAUUUCCCUGCUGCUUUCUUCUUGCAAUGUACGUAAUAACAUUACUUUAUAUAUUAUAUAAAGUACAUUUGACAAGAAUUUUCAAAAUAUUGUAAUUAUAUGUAACCAAUUUCCAUAACUCAUUCAAGAAUUUUUUUUAGUUUACUGAAACCUUUUUCCACUUGAAUUUGUUAUAAUAUAAGGCGUUCGAUUCAUUGCAGACGCAAUGCAAAUGUGUAGGUUUUUGGAUGUUUUGUUUUGGUACAGUUCUCUGUGCUUAGAUGGAAUAAGAAAAAUGUGUCCGAAUAUUUGUUUAUUUUAAGUUGCCUAAGGGCAGAGCAGACUUCCUUCCUUUCUCUCUCUCUCUCUCUCUCUCUCUCUCUCUCUCUCUCUCUCUCUCUCUCUCUCUCUCUCUCUUCUUCUUCUUCUUCUUCUUCUUCUUCUUGAAGAAAAUAUUUUUGUGCUUUGUUGUGAUAGGGACUAGGUAUAAAUAAUGUAAGUAUUUGCUUUACAUUACGAGAUAAUAUUACAAGACUACUGAGCAAAUAAAUGUCUACCAAAAC